UCAACAUACUGCAACAUCGUCGUAUUCGCAUGCGUCCUGUGCAGUGUCUCCUGAUAUCAGACUGACUGAAGUCCGUUAUCCGGCAUGCGCGAGCGACUGGCUCAGGUGAGGUUGGCUUGGCCGGCAGUUGUAACUGACUGCGUUGCUAUCAAAACGGAACGAGGGUCGGCUGGAGAAUAGAUGCGGAUAUCCAUCACCCUUCAUGCGAACUCCAACGCAGGAACCAUAUCAUGAUUCCUACGGAUAGAGACUUGAGGUCAACCUUCCAAUAUUGGACGAGAAAAUUCAUUCAAGCCUAGGUAACCGGGCAGCCUGGGGUGAUGACUAAGACACAACCAACCCUGCGCCAAGACUUCCGAAUUAGGUACGUCGUGGCAUCUCGACGGCGUGCACACGGGAAUGCUCUACGACGUGCACUUCCAGGGCAUUGACGACGCAUUCCGCACUUCCUGACCUCUUCCACACACACACAGCACAAUGGAUCCCUACUCAGCCGAGGGCGAGCUCGUGAACAUCCACAACGCCUUCCACCAAGGCCAAUACCAACAAGUCGUCGACUUCGACACCGCAGCCCUCUCGCCCUCCAACGCCCUCCCCGCCCGCAUCCUCAAGCUGCGCGCCCAGCUCGCCCUCGCACAGUACAACCAAGUCCUCGCCUCCACAAAAAAGGACGCCGACUCCGCCCCUGACAUCGCCGCGAUCAGGCUGCUGGCCGAGUAUCUGAAGAACACCGACGCCGGCGAAGACGCGGUGGCAAAGGCACAAAAACUGACGGCCGAGUCGGGCGACAACCUGACCGUCCAGCUGUGUGCGGGCACGAUUCUGGCGAGAGAGGGCCUGACGGAAGAGGCGUUGGCGGUGCUGGGGAAGCAUGAUGGAAGUCUGGACGCCGUCGCGCUCAUUGUGCAGAUCCACCUCCUCCAGAACCGGUCAGAUCUCGCGCUUCAGGAGACACAGCGGGCGCGGAAAUGGGCACAAGAUAGUCUGCUCGUCAACCUUGCAGAGUCAUGGGUCGGGCUGCGAGAAGGCGGCGAGAAAUACCAACAAGCAUACUACGUCUUCGAAGAGCUCGCCCAGGCCCCCGCAAGCCAGGCCGUACACUCACUUCUCGGCCAGGCCGUCUCGGAGCUGCACCUCGGCCGCACACCCGAAGCCGAGGCCGCCUUCCAGCAAGCUGUCGAGAUGGACGGCACGAAUGCGGAUCUGCUCGCCAACUUGGUUGUGCUCAACACGAUACUGGGCAAGGACAGCGCGGACCUGACGGGCCAGCUGCGCGCGGCGGAUCCGAAACAUCAGUUCUUGGCAGAUAUCGAGGCGAAGAGAGAAGCGUUUGCGGCUGCGAGUGCAAAGUAUAGCCCGAAGUUUGAGCCGUGAGGUGAAGUGGGCAUGCAUGGAUGGAAGGGGCGGUUUUUUUGUCAUGUCUAGCAAAAAGCUGGUCUGUGGGCACUGGCAUGGCAUGAUCCAUAAGAAAGAUAUGAACAUAGAAUAAUUUCUUAAAUCGUGGACUAAUAUACCGUGUGCGCCGUCGCUAUGCAGC